GGUACUCACUUUCAUACUCACGCCCCAACUUUGCCAUGAUUUUCCAGUUCAAGCUGUUGCAUUGUUUACUUGUAGGAUUCGCGUUAAGUGCACAGGCGUCGAAGAACAGGCCCAGAAAGCCAGAUGGAACACUGCAUACUCGAGAUUAUUUCUAUGCCGGUGGAUCUUAUGUCAAGCAAGGAAGUUCAGACAUCGCUCAUGCCCAAAUGUACGUUGAGCAUCUCGUUCCUGCAACAGUAACACAGGAAUAUCCAAUCCUCGUCAUCCACGGCGAUGGCAUGACGGGUACCAACUUUCUCAAUACUCCUGACGGUCGAUUGGGUUGGGCAGAUUACUUCAUGAGUCAAGGGUAUGAGGAAAGUUAUCUAGAUCAACCCGCGCGCGGACGAUCUGCAUGGCAAGAGAACGUCGACGGAAAUUUAACCAAUUUCGACACCUACACCGUCGAAUCUCAUUUUACCGCUGUCCAAAGAUUUGAUUUAUGGCCACAGGCCUCGUUACACACCCAAUGGCCGGGAAAUGGCAGCGUUGGAGAUGAAACCUUUGAUGCCUUCUACAUGUCUAUGAUGCAGAGUCUGGCUUCAGAAGUCGAAAGUUCUCAAUUAGUUCAGGCAGCUGGUUCGACCCUUCUCGAUGAAAUAGGACCUGUGAUACUGCUGACCCACUCACAAUCGGGGCAGUACGGGUGGCCCUUAGCAGAUGCACAUCCGUCACAGGUGAAAGCCAUUGUGGCAUUGGAACCAAUCGGACCUCCGUUCCAGAACGCUGUAUUUUCGACUGAUGCUGCACGGCCAUAUGGAGUGUCUGAAAUUCCUCUGAACUUUUCCCCCCCAAUUUCCUCUCCUGACGACCUCCAUCCAGUACCUGUGAGCUCAACCACUAACUUUACUUGUUACCAACAAUCGCCGCCUGCAAGGCAACUGCCUGGCCUGGCUAAUGUGCCUGUUUUGGUCGUGACGUCCCAGGCGAGCUACCAUGCGGUUUAUGAUAACUGUACUGUUCAGUUUUUGACCGAGGCUGGCGUACAUGCUGAACAUCUCCAGCUUGAAGAUGUAGGAAUUUACGGGAAUGCGCACAUGAUGUUCAUGGAGAAAAACGGGCUAGAGAUCGCAGAACAGGUAAUUUUAAAAUGGCUGCAUCAAACUUUGUAGCCUCAGGGUGAAAACUCCCCUGAAGUGGCACUAUGUCUCAUUUUUCAUAAGUCUACCACUGAGUGAUGUUCAAUUCAAUUGCAGUCAGUCA